AUGUUGGCUAAGACUUCACAGAGGAAACAUGAGCAUGAAACCGAGACCAAGUGUAAACCAGGUUUAAGUUCUAAAAUCCCUCUGAGGUUGACCAGCUGUAUAUUCCCGAGGCCCGUUACUAGAGUCACGUCCCACCCAGGCAAUGAGGUCAGGUGCAGUCAAUGGGAGGAGAAGUUGAAGAAGCUCCAGCAAGUGUCCGCAUACAGGAGGCUGCAGGGGCUCCAGGCGUGCAGCAGUGCAGGAGAACCGUUAAAUACUUUGGACUUCACAAAUACAUUAAAAAUAAUUACACCAGGUGGUCCUGGUGAGUCCCUGGGCCAUGUCGGUGAUGGAGGUCCAUGCACCCACCCGGAACCCACCCCUGGCCAGCCCUCAGAUUUGGCAGAGAUCAUCCCAGGGGUGGGUCUGUAUCUCUCACAGACCCUCAGUGGACAACUGGUAACUUCUAUAGAUAUCAGGAGACAGACUCAGAAAGUGAAGAAAGCAAGGGAGAGACUGGCUGCGGCCUUGAGGGCAGACAGGCUGGCCAGGGAAGCAGAGAGAGCCAGGAGCCAAGAAGGACGUCCUGAAAUCUAG